GAAAAGAGUGAAUAGCAAAACAGGCUGAAAACAACCGGAAUAUGCAUUAGAAAAUUAUAUUAAUUAUAAUGUUAUUACUGCUACUGCUGUUAUUAUUCUAAGAAGAAAACCGUCGUAUGAUUUACUUAUUAGCCAUCCCAUUUGACAGGCUCCCAUCUCAUGAUUUUUCUUGCCAAGUCUUUGCUCCUAUCUUCUGUCUGCUUGUCCUGAUUACUGCUUGGCCCUACCGCGGGGCUUUGUGUAAUCGAAAAAGUAAAACACAAACAUUGCUUUACAGAUACACAGAUAAGCAUGGUACACAUUUACUCACAGGCCAACAGCACGCUGCCGCUUAUAUAGUAAUAAUAUCGACAGCCAAAAACGGAAAGGAGCUACAAGCCCGAUGCGGCCCGUCCGAUCUCCGGAAACGAGUGGACCGACGCCAUGACCGCAACCGUGCAUGCAAAGCGACCCGACACAUGCGCCGUUUCAUAGCAUUUACAAAUAAGGCCUAUGGGGUAAUCUCACUCUACACACAGCCCCGGAGUUUGGAACGCUCGUUGCCAGGUCUAUUCCGUCGCUUGGAUACCAUAUAAACUGGGCUUGCUUACAGACAUCGCAAUGCUACAAAAUCUUCCUUACGACUUGCAACAAGUCAUUUGCGAGAUGGCCAUAGGUCCUAAUGGCAAUGACCCAUUCGCUUUCCGGGCCAUGCGAGUAUGCAAGCUGUGGGCUCACUAUGUUUGCAGCGUUCUGUACAGGUAAGGGAAGAGGUGG